AUGACUCAUCUUUCUGACUACCGCGUGCUUUCCUUCGAUGUCUACGGUACCCUCGUCGACUGGGAAGGGGGAAUUCUCGCUGCAUUCCAGCCCACACUUGACAAGACAGCCGCUCAAUUCUCACGCAAACAUUUGCUCACUGUCUACCACGAGCUAGAACGCGAGCAGCAGAGCAAGACUCCUGAUAUGCCUUACCAUCAGUUGUUGACAACUGUGCACCCUGAGUUCGCCAAGCGUCUGGGUCUGGAGAUCCCCUCCGAGGAGGAAAGUAACCGAUUUGGGGAGUCAGUCGGUAACUGGCCCGCGUUUCCAGAUACUGUUGAUGCCCUCAGGCGUCUCUCCAAGCAUUUCAAGUUGGUGGUUCUAUCGAAUGUUGAUCGUGCAUCCUUCGCCAAGACCAACGCAGGCAGCCUAGAGGGCUUCCCCUUUGAUUUGAUUAUCACUGCUCAGGAUGUGGGCUCUUACAAGCCCGAUCUUCAGAAUUUCAAAUACAUGCUCAGCACGGUGAAAUCGACUUUCGACAUUGAGCCCUCACAGGUCCUUCAAACUGCCCAGAGCCAGUUCCACGACCAUCAUCCUGCCAGCAAGAUCGGAAUUAAGUCCGCCUGGAUUGAGCGACCCGGUGCCACUAUGGGAAACUUGUCGGAUACUAUUUAUGAUUGGCGAUUCGAUACUAUGGGCGAUAUGGCUAAGGCAUAUGAGGCCGGACAGUAG